AAUGGGUCUUUCAUUCUCUAAAUUGUUCGAACAAUGGUUCGGAAAGAAGGAAAUGAGAAUUCUAAUGCUGGGUUUGGAUGCAGCAGGUAAAACAACAAUAUUGUACAAAUUGAAAUUGGGAGAAGUUGUGAGCUCAGUCCCAACAAUUGGUUUCAAUGUGGAGACUGUGGAAUACAAGAAUAUCAAAUUCACAGUGUGGGAUGUUGGAGGUUAAGAUAAAAUCAGACUCUUAUGGAGACAUUACUAUCAAAACACAUAAGGUCUGAUUUUCGUUGUUGAUUCAUCCGAUAAAGAGAGAGUAGAUGUUGCAAGAGAAGAAUUGAUGAGAAUGUUGGGUGAAGAUGAACUCAGAGAUGCUGUCUUGUUGGUCUUUGCCAAUAAACAAGAUAUGGGUGUUAUGACAGUCCCAGAAAUCACUGAGAAAUUGGGCUUACACACACUUAGAAGAGAAUGGUUCAUUCAAGGUACCUGUGCAUUGACUGGAGAUGGAUUAUAUGAUGGUUUGGAUUGGUUAGCUAAGACUGUUGGAAAAAAGAAGUGAGUUU